AUGAUGCCUGGUUUGUCCCAUGAUGUGGAACAAAAACUGGAAAAGACUAUUGAUAUGUGUGCAAGUAAAAGAAGUGAAGAAUUAGUUUCUGAGCAACAGGCAAAGUCAAACCAGGCACAAAGGCAGGCUGAAAAAAAUGAAAGCACUGAUGAUGUAAAGCCCACAAGUUCACAAGUAAAUGAAAAGGAAAAUGAUGGAGUUUUAGAAACUGCUAAGGGAGACUGUCAUAAUCUCUUUGGAAGCUGUCACUGUAGUGGCUCUGAAUUUGCAGGUGAUCUGUUUGCAUCUUUGAAUGUUCCUACUGGUCAUUGCUCUGAAUCAAUUUCACCAACAGCUCAGUUUUUAUUGUCAUUUCCUCUUGUGUCAGGGGGAUCAAGAGCAGUCGAUAAUGUCCCAGAUGACAGUGGUGUUGGACAGGGUGCACCAUCAUUACUGCAGAUUGGGGUGUCUGAGCAAAGCAGGAGUGUUGGAACUCAAACACCCACUAAUAACCGUUUCUCUUUUACAUAUGAAUCGUGUGGACCUGUAAAUAAGAGAGCUGUUGAAACGAGCCCCAUCAAAAUGCCAUAUGGCACAUCUGACAGUUUUCAUACAAAUUUCACCCUUCCUGAGCCUUGUUUAGCAUCUUUGCCAUUUGAUAAAACGUUCGAUCACAACAAAACUUUCCAGUACACAAAUCUCUCAAAACAUCCCAUUACAAGCAGAGAGACGUGCCAUUUACCUGUCAGUAUUCCAUCAGGUAUUUGUUCAUCACAGCAGUCAAAUAAUAUUACUGUAAAUUUGAUGCAGUCAGAUACUCUGGGCUCAGGAAUUCAUAAGGUGAACAAUUGUGGCAGUGACUUAUUCAAAACACCGCUGCCUGCACUUUCUGUUCAAAGCAUUUCUCAAAAUUUGCAGAGUACCACCAGUGUUAGUCAGGUUUCUGUGACCACCAGUGCAGGAAGAUUCAGUGGCAAUAACCAGUCAGUAGCAAGUAUGCAGAAUUUACCAGUGAACAGCUUCAGUUGUACAGAUUUCACUGCAUUGCCAGUUCCUCAGAUAUCGUCAUUUGCAGAAGACGUAAAAUCUACAACCAUGUCAUCCUUCUCGAUGGCCAACAGCUCCUCAAACUUUGGAAUUCUGUCAUGGAGUACAAUCCCACCAGUGGCUGCUGCAUCAAAUAUUUCCCACAAUGAGAAUUUUACAAGUUUGCGAAACUCCUCAGAUGUAUUUUUGCCAAAUAUCUCUCCUCCUACAACAAAGAUUGGCAUUGACAUCAACAGUGCCAAGAAUUGUGGGCGAAGUUCAUCUGUAUGCAAAACAGGGCAGCAACAACUAAAGGACUGUGCAUCUGAAGUAUUGAGACAUUCUCAAGGGAUUGGUCCAGCUUAUUCAUUUCCUAUUACAAAUGAAACAGGCCAAGAAACAGUGUCAUCUCGAGGUGUAAUUAAUUCUUUAAUGCCUUCAUCUGUUCAGAACAACACUUUGCAACAGAGCUCAUACAAGAUGUCGUUGCCAAACAAUCAGAGUGAGUUGGGCAGUGAUACAUCGAAAGGUGAUUAUGGUAAUUACAGAGCAGCAGUGUCAGUUGGCUCUGAAUCGUAUAAAAAAUUUCCUCUACCUCAAAGUAAUACUUACAAGUUAAUGACGUCACAUGCAGAGGUAGUAUCACACACCAGUGAAAGUCAAAAUUACAAACAAACAUCAAGCCCUGUGCCUCAGAACAGUUACAGUGUAGCAUCAUCAUCUGUGUGUGGUGAAGCAUUUAGUCGAACACCAUUAUUGCAUGAUAAAUUCAAGCCUCAGUCGUCAUCGCAGUUUGAUUUGUAUCACUCGGCACCAGGAAUUGUACGAAGUGAUGUCUACAGGACGAGCCAGGAGAGUCAUGCGGCUGAUAUUCCACCUUUGGAUCAGUGUGGCCAUUUUAAGCCAGACUUUCAUGCAAAUCAAAAGGAACAAUUCAAACAAAAUAUAGUCACAGAAAAACCUAGCAAUGGCAAACAUUUAAUUACAUCAGAUGGAGUCAAUAGCUAUAAUGCAAAUGUGGCUUCGUCAUUCAAGCAAGAUAGUUACAGAUUCUUAGCUGCUUCCUCUCAUUGUGAGCAGGCUUCUAAGCCUGGACCAGCUUGUCUCAGUCUUGACAAUUACAAGUCAGCUCUGAGAUCAAACAAGGUUGAGAAUUACAGAAAAGUUCAACAUUCUUAUCAGCCAGAGAUCUACAAGAGAGGACCGACAUCAGUGGCCUGUGAAACCCACAAGUCUACCCCAAGUUCUGUUCAGUACAACAGCUGCAAACCAGCAUCAAGUAUGCCUGGAGAAGGCACCCUCUCAACAAACACUCACUCAAGGGCUCCUGUAAAUUGGAUGACUACACCUGAUACACGUUGCAGUACGCAGCAGAUAUCUUCAUUAUUCUUCCCACCUGCUACAUCCAGUCAAAUGCAAACACAGAAUAAUACACCUCUUCCAUCAUCAGCACUUUUCCCAUCACAGUGUGGCCAUGUGAAUGGCCAAACAGCUACAGCAACAACAUUAUUUACGUCCGUUCCUAGUCAGACGAGUCAGCCUGUUAUAUUACCACCUGUAACCUCAUCCCUAUUCCCUCCAGUAACUUGUAAUCACAGAGAAACUGCUAGUAGCACACACAGUUUAUUCCCUCCUCCUGUGUCCAGUGGCACUUACAAUACCAAUGGAAAUUCUAUGACAUCAAACAUUUUCACUCCAGCUUCGAGUCGUGCUAGCAGUUUCCCUCAGGUGCAAUCUUCUCUUUUUCCUGCCACCACUAUUACUACAGGCAACCAAUCAUCUUUGUUGUUUCAAUCCACUACAAGCAAUCUGUUGGGACAGGAUAAUGUCAGUAUACCACCAAUGCUCUUGACAACUUCUGCCAGUCAUGUAGGCCAGAGUGGAAGUAGCUUGGCACCUCUUCUUACGUCCGUCGCUGCCCGUGGUUCAAACCAGUCUUCUGUUGGCGUACCAUCCAUUAAUACGAUGUCUGUAACUCACCAGAAUUCCACUGAUCGGCCACUUACCGGCAUUCCACCAGCACUUCUCCCGACAUCUUCUGAUACCUGUGGUAAAUCUCUUAGCUUGCAGCCACCAUUACCGUCAACAGUAAAACCGGUCUCAGGAGGCACGCAUUUAGGUACCUUGCCUCCGAACACUGCUUCACAUUUAUUUUCACGUGAUGCCGGUAACAGCUUUUGCUCUGGAACAAUAUUUCAAUCAUUUCCAUCAUCAGGACCUACUGUCCAUGACAGUUCACCAUCAGUUUUAUUGAUGUCUGGUUCCAACGUCAUGGGAGAUGCAGCUUCAUCAUCACUCUUCUGUCCGCCCCAUGUGACAGCAACCAACAGUGAUUUCUCAUCAGGCUCAGCACCAUUCUUCUCGUCAUCACUAAUUCCUACUGCGUCAUCAGUGGCCACCAUACCAGGUCAGAAUAACAGUUGUCUGCCCUCUUCUGUACCCUCAACAUUGCUGUCAACUCACACUUCAUCAGGCAAUAGGCAACGAGACUUAAACCUAUUCCCUGGGCCACCACUGCCACCAACUCAGCACAGCUACUGCCGUCCAUCCGGUCCGACUUUUCCCGGUCUACAAGAAUCUGGUGGUGCUAGCUCAUCUGCUGCCACACCUCCAAGACCUUGCUUUCUGUCUGUCAGCCAGUUGGUGGAAGGAAGUGGUAGUGGAAAAAUUGGGGCGACUCGGAACUCAAGGCGCCGCUCUCGUCGACCUCCGCCACCCUGGGUGUCUGGCUCGUCUGCCCCGGGGAACUUGUAUCAGAAUGUUUCACACUCCCAGCAGUCACUGGCUCAGCCAUCAAGUAACAAAACAGUACAGCAAUUAUGUGGGCGCCAGCCCAGGCCACGAGUCAUUCCGUCUUCAUCAUCAGAGCUUGUGGACCUGGGCGGCCUCUUGGGUUCGCCGUUGCUCGCUGAAGAUCAGCCGCCGACCAGUCAGCGCCCUUCCUCACCGCCGACAUCUGUCAACUCUCUGACAAAUUUUAACCUCAGUACAAUAUUUCCUGAGAUAGACAAGCAGCAGCAACAGCAGCAGUCAGCAGCAGGAUACCCAAAGUCUACGACUAUGGUGCCUGACACUCAGCAACGAGAAUUUCCACAUCCGCCAUCAACAUUUGGCAAUGUUGUGAUGUCACCUGCUCAAAUAUGUCGAAUGCAAUGGCCUUAAUCUCAUGUUCCCUAAAGACUGCGGGUCUGAGGAAUAAGCUGUGUGAUCUGAAUUGCUGCUUGUGAGCAGUGUGAUGCAUUUGUGGAUUUGGUAAGAGGACUGAGUGGGGCAGUCAUGGAAUAUCUGCUAUACUGUGCCAUUGAAGGUGACGCAAAAGGCUGUUUAUGUACAAUCAUCAUUGUACGUUACAUCAGCAUGAAACACUUUUCUCGACAGAAGAUUAGCCAUGGAAAGGUCAGCCACAGUGGUUGAAGUAAAGUGAUGAUGUGAAGAUUUUCGAGUCUGAAAAUUAUCAAAGACUGGAUAAGGCACUCCGCAUUGAGGACUGGAUUUGUGCGGCAAUAUCAUUUUCUAUUGUUAUGUACUGUUUGCACUACAGAACACUGUGAGCUUUUGAUAUUCCUCCCCCCCCCCCCUCCCCCUCCCUCCCCAAAAAGAAGAAAAAAAAGGCAAACUGCUUGAGAAAUGUGACAGGUAUGAAUAAUGGAUAACAGGUGUAAAACAAGCAGAAGAUGAGCAAAAUAGAUGGUUAAUUGCACAUGAAGGAGAAUCUGGUUUAGGAAUUUGAUUAACAAGAACUAAGCUAUUUUGCACCAUUAAAACACUCGCACUACUGUCCUGUUAUCUUACAAUUAUUAAAAUGUUGUUAUGCCUAUUUCUUGACCUUUUAGAACUUCCUUCAUCUAGCAUUGUCUGUAUUUUUGUCCUCUU